AUGUGUCAAAACCUCGAACUCAAGACGCAAUCAGCCGGUCUGGCUUCAGGACUUCGUCUUACAGAGGAGAACCUGCGUCUGCACAGCGCGGUGAACAAGAAGAUGCCACCGCAAAUCAUGUUGCAGAACCACCAGCUCGCCGAGAAGGAGUUCCACUACAACUUUAACAUGGACUACGAGGAGUCGGAAGAUGGCGACCUGCUUGCAAUGCACGAUCUGGCACUUCGGCAGGCGGUCUCUCUGGAGGCGCUCCAAGCAUACGGCGGCUGCUUUGUCUCUGGCUUCCUCGCUAUGCAAGAAACCCCUCCAUGGGCAUCAUCACCGACUGCCACAACAUACUCGGGCACGUCGUCAACCAGCACUGGCAGCCCGCGGCCAGACUCGCAGACGCUGAGCCGCGAGGACCUUCGUGACUUGAGCGGGAAAUCAAAGAAGAGCUGGAAAGGCCUGAAGAAGAUUCGAAGCAUAGCCCGCCUGUCAAAGAACUGA